UAGAUAAAUAAAUAAAUGACGUAUGAAGUGGUAGCACAGGUACACAGACUAUUAGGAAACUCCAAAGCAGAAAUCACCAGUUUAGUUCCGUCUUCCACUGAGAAAAUUCAGCUUGAAAACAUGAAGUUCUUCCUGUGCUGUGUCUUCCUUCUUGGAUCUGGCCUUGCGGUUUCAGCAGCAUCCUUCAACAAGAUUGUUGGUGCAGAAAAGGCUAAGCCUCAUGAGUUUCCUUACAUGAUUUCUCUGCAAUGGAAAGAUCAUGAAACAACUAAGCACUUCUGCGGUGGAGCUCUCAUCAAUGAGAGAUGGGUUCUAACUGCUGGUCACUGCGUAAAAGCUUUCAAUGCUAAUACUUCGAUCGUUGCUGGUGCCCACAACAUCAAGAAACCUGACGAAUAUGAGCAGAGAAGGACGCCAAAGAGGACUUUCAUUCACGAGAAUUAUGCUGGUGAUGUUGCACCACAUGAUAUUGCCCUUGUUGAGGUUACUGAACCAUUUGAGCUCAAUGCCCAAGUCUCCCUUGUCAACCUACCCACUGGAGAAGCUUUCUACCCAACUGGUUAUGCUACCAUCUCAGGAUGGGGCUCCUACUCCAACAUUUUCUUACCAGCAUUCCCCGAUGAGCUUCUGAAAGCUGAACUGCCAAUUCUUCCCGAGGAGAAAUGCUUCAAUGAUUACCCUGGAUCUGCAAUGCAUAAAACUAACAUCUGUGCUGGGGAGCCCAAUGGUUCCAAGGCUAUCUGCAGCGGUGAUUCCGGAAGUCCUCUUGUCCAGAAGAAUGCCAGUGGAGAGAUUCAAGUGCACGGAGUCACUAGCUGGACAUGGGUACCCUGUGGAACAGCUGGCAGGACCGGAGUCUUUGUCAAUGUGAUGCACUACCUCGACUGGAUUAGCGAAAAAAUGAAUUCUGAAUAAAUCUUCUCCUUGCACUA